AAGGGAUAACAACAAACAAACGAGGAGUACAAAAGAAGAAGAAUCAGACUUCACGGGAAGAAGAGAAAAAGAGCGAAGCUGGAAACCGGAAGUUAAUUGAUAAGAAGGGAAGAGAAGCUACUGGUGCAGGUAGAGAAGAAGAAGAAGAUAUUGGAAUUUAGGGCCUUCGGAUAUUAGGAUUUGAGGUGUUAUAUUCCAGGGUACAGGGUGUAGUGAAUUUCUGUGGUUGUGGUUGUUUUAGUGGCAAAUGAAUGAAUUAUGAUGACUGGGAUCAGGUGGGAUAGUUGUCAAUGGGCACUCCAGACAACAAAUUAUCUGAUCUGGUUGAUAUAGUUAAGUCGUGGUGGAUCCCUAGGAAGAGUGAGCCACCGAAUGUGUCGAGAGACUUUUGGAUGCCCGAUCAGAGUUGUAGGGUAUGCUACGAGUGUGAUUCCCAGUUUACAGUAUUUAAUCGUAGGCAUCAUUGUCGACUUUGUGGCCGAGUUUUUUGUGCCAAGUGUACAGCGAACUCAGUUCCUGCUCCAUCUGAUGAGCCAAGAGAUGUUCGGGAAGAUUGGGAAAGGAUUAGGGUAUGCAAUUAUUGCUUCAAGCAAUGGGAACAGGGUAUAGCAACUAUUGAGAAUGGGACUAAAGCACCUAGUCCUGGUCUUAGUCCAUCACCAUCUGCAACAAGCUUGGCCAGUACCAAGUCCAGCUGCACUGGUAUUAGUAGUAGCAGCACCGUUGGUUCUACUCUGUAUUCAACUGGACCUUACCACCGUGUGAAUUAUAAUUCUGUUCUUAGCCCUUGUGGAUCUGCUCAGAUGAAUGGAGCCACUGAAGAAAACAAUGAGACAUUUGGGUCGAGCACAAAUCCAAGUUCCACCACAGUAGAUUCUUCAUCAAACCAUAUUGGCUUUUGUGUUAACAGGAGUGAUGAUGAAGAUGAUGAAUAUGCUGCAUAUCGUUCGGAUUCAGAAUCAAGGAAAUAUUCUCAUUCUGAGGAUUAUUAUGGUGCAAUCAAUAUUGAUGAAGUCAAUCGUGCUUAUGGAUCAGUUAAAGUUCAUUCUGAUGGGGAGAACCUUGAUGCAAAAUCUCUUGAUGAUUCACCAUUAACUGAGAUUUCCAAUAAACAAAGCGUGGAUGAAAUUAAGAAAUUUGAAGAAGUAAAUGGGCAAGAGAAUGCCGUACAAGGUGAAGCUCCUGCUUAUGAAGUGGAUGGUACAGAUUCCAAGCCUGUGGAUUUUGAGAACAAUAUGCUACUGUGGCUCCCUCCUGAACCUGAGGAUGAGGAGGAUGAAAGAGAAGCUGCUAUAUUUUAUGAUGAUGACGAUGAUGAGGGUGCUGCAGGGGAGUGGGGAUAUUUACGCUCUUCAAAUAGCUUUGGCAGCAGGGAGUACCGGAGUAGGGAUAAGUUCGUUGAGGAGCACCGGCAGGCCAUGAAAAAUGUGGUGGAAGGGCAUUUUCGAGCUUUGGUAGCUCAGCUUUUGCAGGUUGAAAACGUCUCUGUGGAUAAUGAGAAUGGCGCUGAAAGUUGGCUGGAUAUAAUAGUUUCUUUGUCAUGGGAAGCUGCAACACUUCUGAAGCCAGAUACAAGCAAAGGAGGUGGAAUGGAUCCUGGAGGAUAUGUGAAAGUUAAAUGCAUAGCUUCUGGGCAUCGCAGUGAAAGUGCUGUGGUUAAGGGAGUUGUUUGUAAGAAAAAUGUGGCUCAUCGUCGAAUGACAUCAAAAAUAGAUAAACCUCGUUUUCUAGUCCUUGGAGGAGCUUUGGAAUAUCAGCGCAUUUCUAACCACUUGUCAAGUUUUGAUACAUUGUUGCAGCAGGAAAUGGACCAUCUUAAGAUGGCAGUUGCUAAAAUUGAUGUGCAUCAUCCUAAAGUUCUUUUGGUGGAGAAAUCCGUGUCCCGGUACGCUCAAGAGUACCUUCUUGCCAAAGACAUAUCACUUGUUCUUAAUAUUAAGAGGCCACUCUUAGAGCGUAUAGCCCGCUGCACUGGUGCUCAAAUAGUUCCCUCCAUUGAUCAUCUAACAUCACCAAAGCUGGGUUGUUGUGAUGUGUUCCACGUGGAGAAAUUUCUUGAGGAGCAUGGAAGCGCUGGGCAAGGAGGGAAGAAAUUGACAAAGACUCUAAUGUUUUUUGAGGGUUGCCCUAAGCCUCUGGGUUACACCAUUUUACUCAAGGGAGCCAGUGGAGAUGAGUUGAAAAAGGUGAAACAUGUGGUCCAAUAUGGUGUCUUUGCAGCUUAUCACUUGGCUCUUGAGACAUCAUUUCUAGCUGAUGAAGGUGCUACACUUCCGGAGCUCCCUUUAAAAUCUCCUAUAAAUGUUGCCUUACCUAAUAAACCAUCAAGUAUUGACAGGUCUAUUUCCAUCGUACCUGGUUUUACCAUCUCAUCAUCUGGGAAACCCAUUGUUUCUCAACCUAUAGAUGAAUUACAGAAAUCCAACAAAGCUAUCUCUGUUAGACCAUCAUCUGCCAACAUUGAACUCCCUUGCAAAUAUUCUGCGUUCAGUUCAUCUUGUUUGUCAGAAGGUACUCACACUCAAAUUACAUCCAAGGAAUCUCCCUCGGACUCUGUUGGGAUUAGUGAUUCACUGUCUGAUUCAAGGGAGGAUAUAUCUUAUAACCAUCUUCCCUCCCUAAAUCAUGCAUUUAGCAAGGUCGGUGGAGUGUAUCUUAAAGGAUCUGUUCAAACACCAGCUAGCUGUGGAGAAGCUGUAAUGGGUGACCAGUUUGUUUCUUUUUGUCAAACGCUAUCAGAAGCACCUGAGCAAGGUGGUGGCAAUUAUCUUGCUGAUGGCAAUAUGUUGUCUGCAAGUAAUGUUGGUGGCCCAGAAUUGGCCUCCUCAAAACCAGAGGCUAUUAACGGUAAUGAAGAGGUGGCAUCCUCAAAGGAAGAGUUUCCUCCAUCGCCUUCAGACCACCAGAGCAUUUUGGUAUCCUUAUCAACACGUUGUGUGUGGAAGGGAACUGUUUGUGAGCGUUCUCAUCUCUUUCGAAUCAAAUACUAUGGUAGCUUUGAUAAGCCUUUAGGGCGGUUUUUACGAGAUAAUCUGUUUGAUCAGAACUCCAAUUGUCAUUCGUGUGAGAUGCCAUCCGAGGCACAUGUUCAUUGUUAUACUCAUAGGCAAGGUAGCCUGACAAUAUCUGUUAAGAAACUACAAGAUCCUCCCUUACCAGGAGAACGGGAAGGCAAGAUUUGGAUGUGGCAUAGAUGCUUGCGGUGCCCUCUGGUCAAGGGAUUCCCCCCAGCCACUCGAAGAGUUGUAAUGUCUGAUGCUGCCUGGGGUUUAUCCUUUGGGAAAUUCUUGGAGCUGAGUUUUUCGAACCAUGCAGCUGCUAGCAGAGUUGCUAGCUGUGGUCAUUCCCUUCAUAGGGAUUGCCUUCGAUUCUACGGUUUCGGGAGAAUGGUUGCUUGUUUUCGAUAUGCUUCCAUUGAUGUUCAUUCUGUUUAUCUUCCACCUUCCAAACUGGAAUUUAAUUGUGAUAAUCAGGAGUGGAUGCAAAGUGAAGCAAUUGAGGUGAGUAACAGGGCAGAAUUCCUAUUUAGUGAAGUGUACAAUGCAAUUCAAAAGAUUUCAGAGAAAUUAUUAGGUUCACAGUUCAAAGAUAGUGGUAUAAAGUUUACUGAAAGAAAAAUCUGUGUCGAAGAACUGGAAGCGAUGCUGCAAAAGGAUAGACAAGAGUUUCAGGAAUCUUGGCAGGAAGUGAUCCGUAAGGAGGUAAACGUUGGCCAACCUGUGAUUGACAUUCUUGAGAUUAAUAAGUUGCGGAGGCAAAUACUCUUUCUUUCUUUUGUUUGGGACCAACGGUUGAUACAUGUAUAUAGUUCAAUCAACAAUAAUGUCCAGGAACUUAUGAGCAGUUCAAUCCCAAAUCUUGGACUGAAGCCUGUAAGUUCUUUGGAGAAGCGUGUUGAGAUGAAUGUCGCUCCUGAGGCAAGUAAAACCUUUAGAAGUUGCGACUCUGCUGUAGUCGAGACCAAGCCUGCUAUGGACAUAAAUCAUGGAGGCAAUACUGAUGAAAUUAGCAAGCGCGGCGGAGAUCACAACGAAAAGCCUAUGGACCAAGAGUACCAUAAAAUUAAGGAGGCUGAACUUUCUCUUACUUCUAGUGCAACCAGUUCUCUAGAAUCUGGAAAAGUUGUACAGAAGGUCCUGUUGGAAGGGGAAUUUCCGAUCAUGGAAAAUUUAUCUGAUACCCUUGAGAUCGCAUGGACCGGCGAAAAUCACCCAGCUGGUGUAGUUCCCAAGGAGAAUGGUUACUCUGUUCCUGGUUCAGUCUUGACAGAUGUGUCAGCUGCAGUAGAUUCAGAUCUGGGAUUUUGUGCUAGUGAUCCUAAUGAAUUAGAAGUGGCUCAUUCUUCUCAGUCUGCUUUGCCUACAACGGGGCUUGAAACUAUGGAGAAGUCUAUGAGCCGGGCAAACAUGCAAUUUCCAAAUGUCUACUACUCAUUUAACAAGAAAUCUUUAUUCAAUGCUCAAAAACUCAAUAUCGGUGAGUAUAAUCCAGUCUAUGUCUUAUCGUUUAGGGAGUUGGAGAGGCAAAGUGGUGCCAGGCUUCUGCUUCCUAUUGGUAUUAAUGACACAGUAGUGCCUGUUUAUGAUGAUGAGCCGACUAGCAUUAUAUCAUAUGCACUUGUGUCAUCAGAUUACCACUCACAGAUGUCUGAGUUGGAGAGACCAAAAGAUGCUUCAGAGUCUGCAGUUUCGUCGUCACUUUUUGAUUCAAUGAAUGCACUCUCAAUUAAUUCUUCAAAUGGAUCACUUGGAUCUGGUGAUGAUAGUAUCUUAUCUUUGUCUGGGUCAUUUAGCUCCCUGGUUUCCGACCCCAUCUCAUACACACAGGCUUUCCAUGCCAAAGUUUCUUUUACAGAUGAUGGCCCCCUUGGGAAGGUGAAGUAUUCUGUAACUUGUUACUAUGCAAAGCGGUUUGAGAGCUUGAGGAGGACCUGUUGCCCUUCUGAGAUGGAUUUUGUACGUUCUCUCAGUCGUUGUAAGAAGUGGGGUGCUCAAGGUGGCAAGAGCAAUGUUUUCUUUGCAAAAACUUUAGAUGAUCGGUUUAUAAUCAAACAAGUUACAAAGACAGAGCUAGAGUCAUUCAUCAUGUUUGGACCAGCUUAUUUCAAGUAUUUAUCCGAUUCAAUCAAUACUAGGAGCCCAACUUGCCUGGCAAAGAUUUUGGGCAUAUAUCAGGUUUCAGCGAGGCACCUUAAAGGAGGGAAGGAGUCAAAAAUGGACGUUUUAGUGAUGGAAAAUCUUCUCUUCAGACGUAAUAUUACAAGGCUUUACGACCUUAAAGGAUCCUCUCGAUCAAGGUAUAACCCUGAUACAACUGGUACCAACAAAGUCCUUCUGGAUCAAAAUUUGAUUGAAGCCAUGCCGACAUCUCCGAUAUUUGUUGGAAGCAAGGCAAAACGGUUGUUGGAGAGAGCUGUCUGGAAUGACACUUCCUUUCUUGCUUUGAUUGAUGUAAUGGAUUAUUCAUUACUGGUUGGUGUGGAUGAGGAAAAACAUGAGCUUGUUCUCGGAAUAAUUGAUUUCAUGAGACAAUACACAUGGGACAAGCACCUUGAAACUUGGGUGAAGACCUCGGGCAUACUUGGCGGAACUAGAAACGCACCUCCGACUGUGAUCUCGCCCCAACAGUACAAGAAACGGUUCCGAAAAGCAAUGACUGCUUAUUUUCUCAUGGUGCCAGAUCAGUGGUCGUCUCCUUCGACAAUCGUUCCUAGUGGAUCACAGACUGAUCUUUGUGAAGAAAAUACACAGGGUGGUAAGUAGCUCUGUGCGUUGAUUGAUAAUGUAAACCUAUUCUCUGAUACCUGGACUCGUGAUGAACGCCGAACAUGGGUAUAUCCAUUUUCGAGUUAUUUGCAUAUAUUUGGAGUACCAUACAUCGUAUUCGCGUUCGAGUAUGUCUAAAACUGUUAUCAAGCUUGAAUAUUUUACUAAAAAAAUGAAGAUUUCAGGUAACAGAGCUUCUGCCUUGUC